CCGGAAACUAGGUUAAUACAACGUGAGUUUUACUCUCCGGUCCGCUCAGCUGCUGUAUCUCAAGCGAGGAAGCAUGGAGCGCCAAAGGACCCCUUGGAGGCACUUACCGAGGCGGCGGGGAAAAGAGUCACUUUGUGACGAGUUUCCAAAUUAGAGACAACAUUCAGACCCAACGAAGAGUUUCUACCCGCUCCAAGUCUGGCUUUCUACUAUUUUGUGCGUCAUUUGACUCGGUGACAAACAUUUUGUCAGGCGACUUGGACCGACCUGCUGAUCAAGAGGACGGACUGUAUCGUCAGACGUUGGACCGUACCGUACCGGACAUGAAUCGGUUGUUCUUUUGGGACACACUUGUGAACACAUUACCUUGCUUUGGGACAUCAACGUGUCUGGAGUGCGCUGCGUAAAAAAAAAAAAUCUACUUGUUCCAUUUCACAUGACAUUACAAGAAAGAGUUCUCUCCCUUGAAACCGAGCCUGGCACGGAUCGAAACAUUUCGGAACCAUGGUGAAAUUUCAUAACUCGGACCUAUGGAUAGCCUGGAUGCUCAUUUUCUGCAUGGAGGGUUCGUGGUUUUACACACGCACUGGAAAAGUGAGCGUCCAGGCACUGGAUGUGAUGGUCUCCCAGAGCAGUAUCCAGGUAGCCCGAGGCCAAGCAGCCGUCCUGCCUUGCUCCUUCACCACCAGCGCUGCUCUCAACAACCUCAACAUCAUCUGGAUGGUAAUCCCACUGUCCAAUGCCAACCAGCCCGAACAGGUGAUAAUCUACCAGGGCGGCCAGGUGUUCAGCCUAGCUAACCACCUCAACGGCCGUGUGGGUUUUGUGUCCACCAUGCCAAGUACAAGUGCCUCCAUCUUCAUCAACAACACCCAGCUGUCAGACACGGGGACGUAUCAGUGUCUGGUCAACAACCUCCCGGACAGAGGGGGGCGCAAUAUUGGCGUCAUCGGGCUGACUGUGCUAGUGCCCCCCUCGGUGCCAGCCUGUCGAAUCCAAGGAACGCUGGAUGUGGGAAGCGACAUCAUGCUGUUUUGCAGCUCAGAUGAAGGUAUUCCCACACCGUCCUACUCAUGGGAGAAGCUGGACGCGUUGCCCAAGCUGCCGCACAACGCCAUGCAAGACCAGAUGCAGGGCACCGUCACCCUGAGAAACAUCAGCACCAGCACCUCAGGACUCUACCAGUGCACCUCCAGCAAUGCUAUUGGCAAGAGCACAUGCUUGAUCAAUCUUCAGGUUGUCGCACCCCAGCCUCAGAGUGUGGGUCUGAUAGCAGGGACAAUUGCUACCGGAGUGUUGGCGGUCAUCAUCUUCUCCAUGUUGGUGGUGGUCACCCUUUACUACUGGAAGAAUAAGAACAAAUAUGACGAGGAGGAGAUCCCCAAUGAGAUCAGGGAAGACGACCUCCCACCGAAAAGGUCAUCAUCAGUGAAAGCGUUUCACGCCGACGCCUCGUCCUCGGAGAACGACACCCUGACGUCCACCAACACCUACAACAGUCGCUACUGGCACAACCCCAAACCCAACUACGACACCAACUCGUACACGCGCUACAACGGAGACACGCGGCAGACCUUCUCCAACGCGGUGCACGGCACGCACGGACACAGACAGUCCCAGAACCCGGGCCACGCCCACAGCUCAGCGGUCACCGCCCCGGGCUCGGCGCCGCUGUCUCGCCACGCUCAGCCCACAACCACAACAACAACUUCCUUUGCCAAUGGCAGCCACACGCUCCCACCCCCAAAGACACUGGUGGUCACCACAAACUCCGCCCCGUCGCCCCCCACUAUGGUGCGCAGCAACGGCUCUGUGAGCCUAAAACCCGUGGUGACACCCACGCACGGGCAGCACACGCACUCCUACGCCGUGAGUCAGUCCACGCUGGAGCGGAUGGGGGCGGUGCCUGUCAUGGUGCCCGCCCAAAGCAGAGCAGGCUCGCUGGUCUGAAAUCCGGUUCGAAACCAGGACUUAAUUAGUUUUUGUUGUUUGAAAUCCAGUGAUGAAAAACAAACAGAAUAUGGGCUGAAACAGCCUGCUGCCCUUUAUUUUACGAUUACAACCAUGUCUUUCGCUACUCCGCUUACUUUAUUUUUUUUUAUUAUUAUCUCGGAACACAGUAGGAUUUUGCAGUGCAGAGUUCAUAAAAUGCCAAUUUCUUCACGGAAAUGAUCAUUACUUUUAUUUGAACGCAGACGACAGAAUUCAAAUCAUCAUUUCAUUGGGUUUACAUUCUUGUUGGAUGAUUAAAAAAAAAAAUUUGAAAAAUUGCAGGUUUCAAUACCGCACAAGUGGACUAGAGUCAGCUCAAAAUCCUUCAUAAAUGCAUGUGUCCUGUGUUUUAGGAUAAGAAUUCAUUUUUUUUUCACAGUUGUUACGUCUAAUGAAGCAAAUCAAACUAAUAAUAGUGAUCCUGUUCAUAAUAAUAACGAUGAUGACGCAUUGAUAAGGUGAAUGUUCGAAUGAUAUGAUGGUUGAAACGGCCUUAGAAGAGAAGACUACGGCAUGUUUGAUAGCUGCAGUGUACUACAUAGUAUACUUCAUUAAAUACAACUAUUUUUAUUGUGUUUAUGCACUUUUUAGAGCAACUUAGACAGCCUGCCGUCUUGUUAGGAAGAACCGUCUCAUUAUUACUGUCCUGUUUCUUCAUAUUUUGGAAAAUCAUUCACAAUACAUGCUUUUUGUUAUACAAUGGUGAAGAUGAUUAACAGUCAAAAAAAGUAUAAAUAACCUGGAACCCUGCAGAGUUUUGUCUACAUUUUAACAUCGUCAUCCUUUUCUGAGUUAUGUCACAUCUGUGCUGCUGUUACAAGAAGUCUUAUUUGAUAAAUGCUUUAUAAAAGAUUAACUAUAUUUAAAGGUGGUUUUCCCCUCCUACACACACAAAGACCCUACUUUUAUAUUGUACAUAUUAAUUAUAACUUCAACUGUAGAUUAGAAUAUAAAAUAAAACUAAUCUGACCCAGCUAUACAUUUUAUAAUAUUUAUCCUGUUCACUGGUGAAGCUGGAGCCUAUCCCAGCUGAUUCUGGAAUAGUCGCCUGUCAAUCACAAGGGCAAUGUAAAGUAAAUUUUGAGUUUUAAUAGUUAACUUUACAUGCACAGUUUUGGACAAUUGGAUUACCUGGAGAAAAGCCACACAAGAGCAAUGGGAACGUGUGUACCCCGCACGCCACAUUUUUUUUUCUUGCAUUAGAAGUAUGUCAAGAAAAUACUUUUAUUCAUUCAAGGGAUUUGUUUUGUUUGUAGUUUGCAGGUCUGGUUUUGCGUUAUUUAUGGUCAAAAUAAUCACCUAAAAAUUAUGCAUUAACUGCAAUAUCCUCUCAAUACCUUAUGCAGCAUUCAUUUGUUUGUAUUCUCUGACUUUUUAAGAAUUGUUAAGAAAAAUGCAAACUCAUUCCGUCUUAGGAAAUUGUUGCAUUGUGCACUGAUCCACUGUCAUCUUCUUGUGUCAUUGUGUCGGCUUUUUGUGGGCCUGUUUCAGUCUUUGAUAUUACUAGGGAUCAAAAUCAACUGAAUGCACCCUCCAACGCUCCGAUUAUUGAAAAUAUAAACAGUGCGCUUGAAAACCGACUUGAACGUGGCCAGAGUGUUUCAUAACAUGUGGGCCCCCUAAAAAAACGCAUUGAGUGUUUUGCCAGGAGCUGACCCCGCACAUCAAUAUCAUUUAAAGGGGACCUAUUAUGCAAAUUUUUUCGACCCUUAUUGGUCUCCUAUAGAGCAGCUACACACAAUAACCAGCACAGAAAACUUGUUAUAUUUUCCAGAAUCUGCACCUAUUCCAAUUGUAUUUCCUUGUUAUUUGUGCUUCCUGACAAAACUGUCUAUUUUAAUUUUAAUUUAUUCCACGGUCCCACGCCCGAAGUGCUUGUAACUAUGAGACAUAUAAGGAAGUCUGCACCUCUGUGACAUCACAAAGGGGCAGUUUUACCACGCCUUUUGAAACCGAGCGUUUUGAGUCAUUUCAAACUUCUUUCAGGGCUCACUUCCGAAUGCGAAAACAUGAUUAUAUGAAACGUCGGUAUUGUUUAAAAACUACAUUUAUAGGUCAAAAAGUGCAAAAAGCAAAAUAGGUCCCCUUAAAAUAGAGUUCGGAGUCCAAUUUUGUUGUGUCUCAUAUAUGUUUAUCUUGUCAUACUUUGCCAUUCUGCAGACAAAUGAGAAGGAAACCAAAUGAAAACAUGCUGAUGCUGAUUAGAAAACAUGUCAAGUAGCCAGAAUAACAUUGACACGGUGUGGAGAAAAGUAUUGAGACACAUUAAUCACCAUUAGGGUUGAGACAAAACAAUUUACUUCCACCUGAAUAUGAAUUAUUUAGCUUCCACGUUUCACUAUUCUGUGCCUCCAGUUUAAUGGAAAUAAAGCAAGGUGCAUGAAGGCAUGAUUGGUUAUUGUUUCUUCCAUUUUUACUUUGUCGUCAUAAUGACGUGUCUCAUUACUUUUGUCCAUAGUCAUGAUUGUUUCCAAUAUUCACUUGCUCCAAUAAAAAAAGCAUAUUUCUACUCACCCAAACACAUCCAAACUAAAAUGUCCAACAAUGAGUGGGUCAGAAAUUCACAUUAUUUGCCAUUCUGUGUUUUUUGCCAUCCCCCCGCCCUGGCUCUUAUCAUUCAAAUAUCCUCUGUUAUUCUUCAGGGGACAAUGGCCGGCUCAAAAUGUGGAUUUUAUGUUAACAAACCGUAAACUAAACCACUGACACCCUGUGGCCAUGACUCAAGUGUUUAUCAACUUAUGUACAGUAAAUAAUGACCAAACCAAUUUGUAAAUAUGUAAAGAUAUAAAUUUGUUCUUACUGUUGGUUUGAAAUGUCAAAUAGGAAAAAAAUAACACAAACUUGUAGAGAAUAAAAUAUUGUUGAUACAUU